AUGCAGCUCAAGCCGAUGGCAAGCACGAGCAAGUACUUACUCAAAGUUCGAGGAAGGCCACCGAAGAAAGAUGUCAUCUUUGACUUCACCCAAGCUGAGGGAGAUGCUGAGCGGAGAAUGAACAGCGUGAAGAACGCCAUCCUCACCCACAUGCCCAAGACGGCUACGACAACUGGCGGGGGGGGGCAGGCGACACAAGGUAACGACAAGCUUGCGAUGGAGAAGACGUCUGCGGCGAUCGCGAAGCUCGGCAAGGAUAACUUCGUGUUUGCACUGCGACAAGAGCUCGUGCUGAGCGGGAUCAUGAGCGAGGAAGAAUUCUGGCAGAGGACGGAGAAACUGGACUCCUCCCGUCGUGCUCCUCCUCGUAUCGAUCCUCCCGUUCCCUCCGCGAUCCCUACCAUGACCGACAUGGUUCGAACCAACACGGAGGUGAAGGUGACGCUGGACGAGGGACAGAUCCACAAGCUGUACCUCGACUUCCCGAGCCUCAAGGCGAGGGAGGAGGAGUUUGUUGGUUCGGGGAAGCUAUCGAGGACGGCUUUCUUCACUGGGUUCUACGAUUAUCUGGAGAACGGCAAGACGGGACUGGUGGAUUCGAAGAACCAGCAAAUCUUUGAGCCGGUCUUUGAGCACGCGAACAACCUGUCGAAUCAGAAUGAACAGAAGAAGAUGAAGAGAGCCCUUUGUCAGGCGCACAGGUCCGUCAACCUAACCGCCAUCCUGCCUCUGUGCGACUUCUACGGAGGUCCGCGCGGGGCCGGGCUCGCGAGCGGCCCUGUGACAAAAAGGCAGAAGCUGCUGUGGGAGGCGAGGUCAGGGAGGAGCGUAGCGGACAAGAAUAGCGAUCCGAGUCGGGUGGUAGAGCGAGUGAAUCGCCAUCAGGCGUCAGUGGUGGAGACCUUGAAGUCUGACAUGGAGGCCACCCGGGAUGGGGCGGAGGAGCCGCAGGUCAGUGCGGGCAGCUCGACGCAUGCAAGCUGGCAGGAGUCGCUAGGUGGAGCGUUCCGAGAGAGCGACAUGUACACGAGGGAGGGGGCGACGGGACGAGAGUUGAAGGUGGACAAGAUGCAGAUCUUAGCCAAGGGCUCGCGUACUAAGGAGAACGGGGCCAGCAGGGAGAGGCGGGGGAACGGAGAGCUCUCCUCCUCCAGCCCCGUCGAGGAGUGGAAGAUUAAGUCUCGCCGAUCCGUCGCUCCGUCGCCUGCCGGCUUCAGCGACCUCAAUGCGCUCCCCGCAGGCAAGAGCGGGAGGGGGUCACGAGCUGAGCCCAUCGGGGAGGACGUGAGGAAGAAGGAGAGCGUCAUCAAGGGUUUGCUGCGGCACUUAUGGGCUACCAUCGGGUCGCUCCUGCUUGUUGCCUUCGAUGUUUGGCAGCAAGGCAUCAGCAUCAUCGCUCGACAUUCGAAGUUGGAGGCGCAUGAAGCGGAGCUGGUCAAGAUGGUCAAGCGCGAUCUGCCCGGGGACCUCAAGGCAGGCGCUCGAGCACGCGCAAGAGCUGAUCAGAGCCGCCAAGGCCGUCAAUGCCUAGACUUGAGGGCCGUCGGACUUUGA